AUGUCUAAAUCUCCUCCUAAUAAAGAACAACAAGAAGCAAUGCAAAUUCGUUCAUUUUCAGCGACAAUUCUACAACCGUCUGAUCAAAAUCAUAACUACUACAAUUCGCAUUUUAGUCUGACAAAUGGUCCUACUAACCAUCAUAAAGAACAACGCUGCGCAACAACGUACACAAUGUUAGCACUAAGUGAUCCCUUUGAAAUUCUUCAAGUUGAUUCGUCUGAAACCGAUGAUGAAAUUGUUGAGAGCGAUAAUUUAGCGACAAAGAUAACAAAGAGUGAAUAUACCGUAUUCAAUCCACUUUUUCCUAACCACUUGGUUUAG